AAUGGUAGCCAAAACACCGCCAAAGUGUACAUCCAACCUAUAUACACACACACUCAUACAACGUAGGUGUAUUUUGGUUCCGUAGCAGACGACGAUCUUCGAUCGUGACCAGACGAACCUGUCUCGCUUGGGGAACCCAGGACGGAUAGAGACAAGCAGCUAUUACCACCCAACUCCUCCCAGCACCGGUAUAAAAGACUUCCACUUCACCAGGCAUCACUGCAUUCUAAAGCCAAGAAAUGCUGAGACACGCUGGUGAUGGUGCUUGAAGAGUGGAUUGGAUGUAUUCAUCCCAGCUAACGUAUUUAGGAACGGUCUUCAAUUUACCUUAUUGGAUUUCAAAUUAAUCACCGUCUUAUGAACACCUUUUUGAAGAUCAUUGGCAUGAUAUGAUGUCAUCAGUCUGAAAGCUGUCUUCUGAGCAUGAUCCGUAUUCAUCAAUAUUUUGGAAGCGCUAAUCAGUUUCAAAAUGAAUAAGAAUCGUGACAAAACUGUCUAAUGUUUGACUGUAUUUUCAUCUUCUACCUGGUAGAAUAAAUCUAAAAUUCCUAAGAAAUCAUUCCAAACCAACACUUGUCCUGGAGUCUUUCAGCUAAGUCAUUGAGGUAAAUGUUGCAACUUGGUUUAGUCCAUGACUGAAUAACCAUUAAUGACAACUGCCGCAGUUUCAGCGUAUAGCUAUAUGUGCAUAUAUUUAGUCCAUGAUUGAAUUAUCACUCAUGGAAUUUUUCACAGCCGUAGUGUAAAUAUCUACAGCUUUUUAACUUAUCAAUUUUUCAAAUUUAAACUGUAGUGACGGUAAGAAAAAACAGCAAACCAUGUUUUCAGCAAUCAGUACGCCAUGCACACGAUGCCUGUUGGCGUCAUGGCUUGGCUUAGCAGUUCUUUCCCUGACUUUCGACGGUCUCGGUGCCGGUGGACAAUGUAAGUUUGAUCUCCAGGAGUAUCAGGAAAGGCGGAUCGCUGCCAUCAAGGGGCAAAUACUCAGCAAACUUGGUCUUACUGCCCUACCAACAGAUGACGGCCCAGAGGAGGUUGAUAAACGAACAAUGGAUUUAUAUAAUCUAACGGUGUCGCUGCUUGAGGAGAAAUAUCAAAAUGAGAAGCAACAAUGUCAAGGGUUAGCAGGAUCCAGUGAUGACUAUUUCGCGCAAUUGCCCAUCUUAUACGGCAUAGUGGAAACUGACAUUGAAAAGGAUAUUGGAAAUUAUGCAACAGUCAAGAAACUUUCCAAGUUUUUCCGAUUCGACCUCACGUCUUUCGAAGACGACAGUCAAGGGGACGAAGUGUCCGAGGCCGAGUUUAGACUUUACCAGGUUCCUAAUGAAAUGAAGGAUACUGAACAGCAAAUCGACCUUUUUCAACUCAUACCAUCAUAUAACAGUACAGAGGAACCGACCAGGAGAUUUUUGACAAGUUGGACUGUAUCAACCACCAGAGAAGGAUGGCUCGCUCAUGACGUCACUGAUGUCGUCAGAGAAUGGGUAGCUGACCCAGAAUCAAACCUUGGAUUUGAAGUGAAUCUAAACUGUGGAGACUAUCUGCAGGGACCCACUACUACCACGCCUGCUGCUAUUACAAAAGAUCAACAUAAACUGCACGUCUUGUUUGCAGAUCCAAGAGGAACCUUUCCAAGUAUGGACAAUGGACGUGGUGAUGGUAACCCUAGAGGAGAAGGAUUCCCCAGUAUUAAUCAUCCUAGGUUAGUUGUUAUGGCACCAGCUAACCACUCAAAGGGAGGCGAAAGCAACAGCGUCAGACGGCGUCGAAGCGCUUCCUACAGCGGUUCUCAGUGCGACCAGAACUCGCCCAACUGCUGUCUUCGCCCGCUCUCGAUCAACUUCCGGCGCGACCUGAAGUGGAACUGGAUCCGUCAGCCUCGUGUCUAUUCACCGAACUUCUGCGCAGGGUCUUGUCCCUACAUCUUGAGCGCAGACACAUCCCAUGCGUCGGUCCUGUCGCUUUACAAACAUCUUAAUCCGGAUGCGAGUCCCUCGCCAUGCUGCUCCCCUCAUUCCUUCAGACCUUUAACCAUCCUAUUCUACAACAGAGGAAGACCGGAGAUCAGGCAACUCAAUAACAUGAUUAUAGAAUCUUGUAGAUGUAGCUAGUCCCCCACACACACCUAGACGGACAUGAAGGACCAUCGAAAGAUGGUGCCAUGUAAAUUCAAACUCUAUUUAAAACAAAAAACAACUUUUUGGAGGUACUACUUAGGCCUGACUGUUAUGUUGUGCUUUCUACAGGCUUGAACUGUGCACCAUAUUGGACACCAGCCCAGAUGUGCUGAAUGUGACGUCAUAUGCAAAUGACGACAUCGUUAUCAUUUCUGUCUUUUCUAUAUUGAAAAAUUGUACUAUUUAUCUUAUUCUAUUUGCCAAAUUGUAUGGAAGGAACGUUUUGUGGCACUCCAUAAACAGGUGAAUAUGUUAUGACAAGUUGAGUUAAUGUAUAAAUGCAUUCAAAGUUUUGUAUAUCUUUUUGGCCUUUUUGAUAGUUUGGUGAAAAUCGAAUGCUUUAUGGUGGAAUUCCUUGGCAUAAAAACCUCUCAGAUGCCGACCUUCUCAAAAUGAUCAUGGUCAAUUGUUUCAAAGGCCUUAAUAUUCUCUUAAAAAUAAGCUUUAUGCUGUCUAUUUAGUGUUAUAAAUCAAUUAUGGGGUAAAGAUUAUUCAUCUAUAUUGUUUUUAAUUUUUUUUUCUUUUAUGUAAAAGUGUCUUUUUUCAAUUUAAAGGAAGAUUACAUACAGUAUGUAUUAGAAUUAGUGAUAAAAUUCAAAGAUUUAAAAUGAAUAUUUCAGAGGAAAUUAAUGAGAUGAGGAAUGCUGUACUGGAUAUGCUACUUUUCUUCACUGGCAACGAGUUCUGCAAUUUAAAAAAAAAUGUAUUUCUGUUAGCUCGUCGCCUUUUUUGCAAAAGCGAUGCGCUAAAUUAUUAUAUGCUACCAGACGCGACACAGUUUGUGUUUUGAAUCUUAUGAAAAAAAAAUCAUAUAUUUAUUUUGCAUGACUUUACAUAGAGGUUGAAUAUAGCUGUCUUUCACUGGCACACAUGGCCAUUGAAAAUCUCAAAGGAAUGCGUUGGUUUGAGUUUAACAAUAAACAAAGGAAUGAUAAUUAGGCCUAUGAUGUGAAUAGAAGUAAAAAAAGAAAAUAAUCACAUAUUUCUCUACGCAAUAUCAAAUAUUUCUGGUUUACUUUUUUCUUUCUUUGAAUCAACAACAUCUUAUGUGAUUUACAAUACUGAUAAUUUAAUGAAAAUAGUGAAAAUGAUGAUUAUCAUUAUAGUUAAAUCCUGUCUAUUCAACCUAUUUUGUGAUAAAAUCCAUAUAGGCCUAUUGACUUGAGUCAUCUCUCCUAUUGAUCAAUGCAUGCAAAAUGAAAUGACGGUGAAUUACUUUGAAAUAAUUAAGGAAAAGGUGAUGUUAUCACUUUACCUCAGAUUCUAAAAUGUAUUCUUAAUCUACUAAGUCCUAUUUAAAGAAAAUCUUGAAGUCAUUCCAUACAAAAAUCGAUAUAGUUUUUUAACGUUUGAUCGCGCAUGCUUAGUAAGUUGAUAAUAUGUCAUCUUUAUAAAAUAUAGGUUUGUUUGUCUUGAUUUUACAUUAGACUAAGUUUUUUCCUCCCUAACAUGGAUAGGUGACCUUCUUUUCUUGGUACUCAAAAAAUAAUCCUAUCAAUCUUUUUUUCACAAUUGACGUUUGUGAAUGUGUUUGAUUAUUGUAUGAGAGAUGUAUUGCUAUAUAAGGCAUCCGAUCAUUGGCACAUACGGAGAGGCCAUUUUGAUAAAUGUACUUCACAUUUCUUGUGUAUGGUUCCUGUCUAAUUAACUUUCAAAAUGUACUAUUAAUUCAUAGGCUCAUAUGUGAUUGGGUGUGCACAUCUCUGUCUUAAAAUGCUAAUUGGAAUUGGUGAAUGCUUAGAGAAAGCACCCCAAAACAAACAGUAAUUGUUCAGACGUAUUCGCUAUAUAAAGUGUAUUUUUAUUAUAGUGCAAACGCAGUAUGUAGUCUCUUGAGUUUUAAGAAGCUGCCUCACGCUAUACACUAUUUAUCAAAAAAGCAAAUAAAAUGGCAUAUAUUUCGUUCUGACCAAAAAGUAUUUCUGUAUUCAACUUCUGAUCUUUGUAAAAAUUCAGAUUUUUAUAAAUCAUUUUUAAAUACACCCCCAGGGAGUAUUUAAUCAAGAUUUUCGUCCAAGUUGUCCGAUCGGACAACUCUCCGUGAUGUUGAUUGGCUAAGAAGCCAAUAACUGUCGGAUAAAACAUCCAACAAUUCUUUUCAUGGAAACUCUCCCCUGAUCUUCAUAAAAGCAUAUCUGUAGAAAGGAAAGCCUAGCCCUGCUCGUUUUAUAUGGUGCCCCAAAUUUACCUUUUUCGCUAGAAAGUUAUAUACCAUAAACUUGAACACAUCUUAAAUUUCAAACUUUCUGCUAUGAUAUUGUUAUUUCUAUCUUGUGUGUCAUUUCCCCCAAAUUGUUAUAUUUUCUCAAUGAAUUCAAUUUUAAUACAAAGAAAAAAUGUUGAUGUGUGAUUCCUGCUUGUGAUAAUGGUCCCAUAGGGAUAUAGAUAUUGAUAUGUAAUAUUUCUUAUUAUUAAUGUACAUCUUGAAAUUGUUAUUAAAAUUAAUGUGUCGGUCAAUGUA